CGCGCCGCGCUGCCUGCUUCCCCGCCGGGGAAGAGAAGUCCGGUACCGGGGCAGCAGCUCGGGCAUACCUGGCCGAACGCGGAAGAGAGCAGCUGAGCAGCCAUGGAACAUCGCGGGCUGGGGUGGCCGAGGCUCCCCAGGCUGCUGGAGCUGCUGGCGGCGCUGGCGGUGCAGGCAGUGCGCGCCUCCGCCGUCGCCGCCGCCUCGCCGGACCUGAGUCUUUGGCCCAUGCCUCUCUCCGUGCAGACCACCCCGCGCGUGCUGCACCUCUCUCCCGACAACUUCUUCUUCGGCCACAGCUCCACUUCCAAGGCCGGCCCCUCCUGCUCACUGCUGCAGGAGGCGUUUCGGCGAUAUUAUGACUAUAUUUUUGGUUUCUACAAGUGGCAUCAUGGCUCUGCUGAUCUUCGUGUUGGAGUGGAGUUGCAGCAACUUCAAGUCUCAGUUGUCCUGGACCCAGAGUGUGACACUUUCCCCAAGAUCUCUUCGGAUGAGUCCUAUACUUUACUUGUGAAAGGACCAGUGGCCUCGCUCACUGCCAACAGAGUUUGGGGCGUAUUACGAGGUUUAGAGACCUUUAGCCAGUUAAUUUAUCAAGAUUUUUAUGGGACUUUCACUGUCAAUGAAUCCAACAUUGUAGAUUCUCCAAGGUUUCCUCAUAGAGGAAUUUUAAUUGAUACAUCCAGACACUUUCUGUCCAUUAAGAGUAUUUUUAAAACUCUGGAUGCCAUGGCUUUUAAUAAGUUUAAUGUGCUCCACUGGCACAUAGUAGAUGACCCGUCCUUCCCUUAUCAGAGCAUCACUUUUCCUGGAUUAAGCAAAAAAGGAAGCUAUUCUUCGUCUCAUGUUUAUACUCCAAACGAUGUCCGUAUGGUGAUUGAAUAUGCCCGAUUACGAGGGAUUCGGAUCUUGCCAGAAUUUGAUAGCCCUGGACAUACGCAGUCUUGGGGAGAAGGCCAGAAAGACCUCCUGACUCCAUGUUAUAAUGGAAAAGAUCCAUCUGGGGCUUUUGGACCUAUAAACCCUAUUUGGAAUACAACUUACAGCUUCCUGUCUAAAUUUUUCAAAGAAAUUAGUACCGUGUUUCCGGAUGAAUUCAUUCAUUUGGGAGGAGAUGAAGUAGAUUUUGAUUGUUGGGCAUCCAAUCCAGAAAUCCAGGAUUUCAUGAGGGACAAAGGCUUUGGCAGAAAUUUUAAGAAACUAGAAUCUUUCUAUAUGCAAGCGGUUUUGGAUAUGAUUUCAGCCAUAAACAAGAGCUCCAUAGUCUGGCAAGAAGUUUUUGAUGAUGCAAGCAAGCUCACGCCAGGCACAGUAAUUCAGGUGUGGAAAGUGGAGGACUAUACUCAGGAACAAAGUAAAGUUACAGAAGCUGGCUUCCCUGUGAUCCUUUCUGCUCCUUGGUACUUAGACUGGAUCAGUUAUGGACAAGACUGGAAAAAAUACUAUGCCGUGGACCCUCUUAGUUUUGAGGGUUCUCAGGAACAGAAAAAACUUGUCAUUGGUGGAGAAGCUUGUCUAUGGGGAGAGUAUGUGGAUGCAACUAACCUUACUCCAAGAUUAUGGCCUCGAGCAAGUGCUGUUGGCGAGAGACUCUGGAGUCACAAAGACGUCAGAGGCCUAGAGGAUGCCUACAGGAGACUAACAGUUCACCGCUGCAGAAUGCUCAGGUGGCAGUGGGGGUAAGAAUCCGCUUGCCAAUGCAGGGGACAUGGGUUCAAGCCCUGGUCAGGGAAGAUCCCACAUGCCGCGGAGCAACUAAGCCCGUGUGCCACAACUACUGAGCCCUCGAGCCACAACUACUGAGUCCUCGAGCCACAACUACUGAGCCCACGUGCCACAACUACUGAAGCUCAUGCACCUAGAGCCCAUGCUCCGCAACAAAGAGAAGCCACAGCAAUGAGAAGCCCGCGCACUGCAACGAAGAGUAGCCCCCACUUGCUGCAACUAGAGAAAGCCCGCACGCAGCAACGAAGACCCAACAGAGCUAAAAAUAAAUAAAUAGGUAAAUUUAUUAAAAAAAACUUUUUUCAAUUGUGAGUUCAUAUUCCUUUGUGGGAUUUUCUUUGAGGCCUGGAUUGAGGAUACAUUUAUCUAAAGAGGCCCUACAUUUGUUUUCUCCAGGUUCCUUGGUAUAUUACCAAUCCAUAAGCAUUUUACACUAAAUUCUUCUCUGUUUGGAGUUUUUCAGGUCACACUGGUUCUAUGAAUUUAGGCUGAAAAUGCUAUCAGAAGCCUACAGUUACAAAUUCUCAGAAAUUUUGCCCCUUUGCCCCACAGUCAGUCAGACAAGUUUCCUUGUCCUCUUCUUUUAUGGAGAGGAUUUUCCUCAUUACUUCCAUGAGGAUGUGGCCCUCAAGUUCUAGGUUAGACGUUACCACAGAUUUCUCCAAGAUAGCUAGUGGCUUAGGUGCUGGCUUAUUUUCCAAGAUUCCUGCUCCAGUUUCCUUUUUGGCCUCUAGAAAUUUCCAUUACAUUCUAACCAUCUCAGACAUUAAUUUAAAAGAUGUUAUUUAUAUUUUCCCAGAAUUUUUGGUUUUUCCAGAUAUAAAGUCCAGAAAGAGAAGUCAUCGUGUCAUUUGCCCCUAUAUCCUGCUUGUUUAAUUUUUCAAGUUUCAAUGAAAAAUAACCACCUGGCCUUUUUACAAAUCGCUGAGUUGCUUAUAAGUUCCUAGUUAUCCUAAACAUAUCUUUUCUAUAUUUUUUCACAAACCUGCCCAUGUUUUCUCCUUGGGGGGGGGGAUAGGAAUGAUUGUCAUGUUCUUUUGUUUAAGGGAACCAAAUUGAAAUUAUCAUAUGUAGAAAAAUCAUGAAUUCUUACAUUUUGAGACAGAAAUAUAAAAAGUACACUUUCUUAAGAAUAUCAUCAGCACAGGAUUACCAUACUUAUUAAAUAGUGGAAAUUAUUUUCCACUCUAUUUUUGUUUUUUUUCUUUUUAAAUUUUAAAAUUUUAUGUCUUAUUUUAUUGAGAUAUAAUUGACAUACAGCACUGCAGGAGUUUAAGGUACACAACAUGAUUUAAGUUACAAGAUCAUGAAACGAUUACCACAGAAAGUUUAGUGAACAUCCAUCAUCUCAUCUAGACACAACAUUAAAGAAAUAGAAAAAAAAUUUUUUCUUUGUGAUAAGAACUCUUAGGAUUUACUCUCUUAACUUCCAUUUAUAAUGUACAGCAGUAUUAAUCAUCUUUAUCAUAUCAUAUAUCAUAUCACUAGUACUUAUUUAUCUUAUAACUGGAAGUUUGACUACCUUCACCUAAUUCUACCUUCCCCACCCAACAUUUCCACUCACUUUAUGGAGUAAAACUGACACACCAACUUCAAAUUGUUAUACUCCUUCUGGUAGUGAGGACUGGGAUGAGCUGUCUACUUCAAUGGCUGAUCCCACUGCACACCUGCUUGAUGAGUGGCUCAGCCAAUAUAUGUAAUAAAUGAGUUGUAAUGAAACAGAGCUGUGUCUAAAACAAACAAAUGCUAAAAAACAAGAAAACACACACAUAAAACCUGUCCCCACUGAUGGAAGACACUAGUGACUAUGAACCCUGCCUUAUGCAACUAAACUAAGAGAUUCAGAAAACAGGUCCUGGAGAAAAAGAGAGCAAUAGAACCAGCGAAUUCUAAAUGCUGUGAAUUCGAAAUGUAUUUUUUACCUGUGGCACGAACUGAAUUUAGGAUGGUCUCUCGGUAUGCCACCUGGAGGGGCCCUAGAUAGGUUUCCAGUCCAUAUUCCCUCUUGAUUCGGUCAUGAAUUAUCUCAAUAUGUAACUCCCCCAUGCCACAAAGGAUAGUCUGGUUAAAAGAGGAAGAAAACAAAGAUCAAGGAAAAAAUUAAGUUUAUCACAAAAUACUAAUAAAGGUAUAUCAAUAUAUUUUAUUUUUCAUUACUUACAAAAUGAAUUUCUUCCGUAAUUUUUUUUGGCUCCUACAUCAAAACACUGCUUUUAACUUUUCUGAUUGAAAUAAUAAAUCAAUUAAAAGUGAAUCACUAGGCCAAUCUCUUAUUCUUUGAUAGCUGAAUUAUCAGCUGGGUAAGUGGUAUCUAACUAGAACCACACUUCCCAACCACAAAGGUAAGUUAUGGCCAGUGAAAUAUAAGCAUAAAUGAUGUUGGUAACUUCUGGGUUAUGUCUUUAAGGGUAAAUAAAGCCCUUCUCUUAAUGAAGAUAUAGACAACCAUCUUGAAAUGUGAAUGAGGGCAACAUCUUGUGAAUGGGGGGAAUAAUCCCUCCCCCAAACACUGCCAACCACAUGGCUAUUUCCAACCAUCCUGGGCACCUUACAGUUUUGUGGGCAGUUGAAACUUCCAAAGUAGCUUGGAACUUUACGUGACAGAGAAACUGACUUUUAUCUUCUUUGAACCAAUGUUAUUUUGGGUCCUUGUUAGAACAAAUUUGCAUCAAAACCAAUCAAAACAUGUUUUUGUUUUCAGAAAGCAACAAUGGUUAUUCCUGAAGAAGGUCUUUGUGUAUGAGAGAAUAUAGUGCAAGGAAUCCACAUUUGCCCUAUUUUAUUCAUAUACCAUCUGUGUGUAAGGCAUUAACUUUACCCUAAAGAGAGAUCUGGCCCUUGCCUUCAGCUACUGGGAAGUUAUCUCUAGGCCAAGAUGCUGCCUGAUAGAAAUGUCUUUGCUUGUCUGGGGCCUUUGUCCACCAGACAGUCUAACAAUGUGAUUUAUGAUGUGGCUUUGGAAUAGCUGUACCCAUUUACAACCUAGAGAGUAAAGGUAGUAGCCCAAACCUACAGGAGGCACUAGAGAUUAAAUGUCAACCACAUAGACAGUAUGUGAUUAUGCCCUAAUAAAAACUCUGGGCAUGGAAGGCCUGGGUGAGCUUCCCUGACUGACAAUACUCUGUGCCAGGAGGAUGAAGAAAAGCCUUGCAUUUAGAACCUCUCAGACUUUGCCCUAGGUGUCUCUUCCUUUGGCUGGUUCUGAUUUGUUUCCUCUCACUAUAAUAAAACUAUAAUUGUAAGGAACAACAACAAAAAACUAUUUGGUGUAUGAGGGCUAUACUUUAAUAUAAAGUUAAAGAAGUAAUUAUUUGGAAAAAAGCCAGUUGUAGAAUAAUACAAAUAGAAUGACUUCUUAUAUAUCUGUACAUAUAUAUUUGGAAACAUAAAUACUGUGUUUUAUAACAUUGCACAGCAGAAAAAUGGAUGUUUGGAAAAGUGUGAAAGGCUAUUCACCAAGUUUUCACAGUGAUUACCUAUGCAGAAAAGGAUAGAGAGACUGAAAGGGAGACUUUAAUUCUUUACUUUGUACACUUGAAUGUUAUUUGCUAUUUAAAAAAAAAUAUGUACUGGCAUUUUUUAAAUAAAAAGUUUGUUUUAAUUGCUGUUGUAGCCUUCAGAAUCAAUUAAACUAAAUUGCUACCUCAUUUAGCUGGCAUUUGGGAAAAUAAAGUACUCCAUAUUUUUCAGAUUAACUAAAUCAGUUUAUCCUUUUUAAAGGCAAAUUUAUAAUUUUUUAAGGAAAUUUUUCUAGAAUUUUAUAUAAACUCUACCCUGCCCCCCUAAAAAGAAGAUGCAGAAUGAAUAUGUGUUCUUCUACUGUAUUAUAUAAUAUACAGCACAGUCCUGUACCUACUUUAGGUCUCUAUUUCCUCCCACAUUGUUAGGCUGUAAUCUAUCACUUCUCACCCAUUUUAGGUGUGUUAUCAUCAUUAAAAGUAUACCUAGGGCUUCCCUGGUGGCGCAGUGGCUGGGAGUCCGCCUGCCGAUGUGGGGGACGCGGGUUCGUGCCCCGGUUCGGGAGGAUCCAGCGUGCCGCGGAGCGGCUGGGCCCGUGAGCCAUGGUCGCUGGGCCUGCGUGUCUGGAGCCUGUGCUCCGCAGCGGGAGAGGCC